CCGAGAGGAAGGUGCUGAUGGCCACCACCAAAGGCAGCUGCUCCGUGGAGGAGGCAGGAGCAUGGCGGAGGUGCACGUCAUCGGGCAGAUCGUGGGGGCCAGCGGCUUCCCCCAACGCCGCCUCUUCUGCAAGUGGGGGCUGCACGCCGGCGGCGCCUGGAAGCUGCUCUCGGGGCUGGGGUCCGGGCAGACGCAGGUGGACGACCCCCAGGCGGACGACGUGGCUUAUUGGUGUCACCCCCUCGACGUCCAUUUUGCCACCAAGGGCUUGCAAGGUUGGCCCAAGCUCCACGUGCAGGUCUGGCACCAGGACGGGUUCGGACGCAGCGAGGUGCUGGGCUACGGUUUCUGUCACGUGCCGGCCACCCCCGGUUGCCACACGCUGGCCUGCGUCACUUGGCGCCCGCGGGGGACCUGGCGGGAACGGUGGAGCCAACGUUUGGUAGGGGGGGGCCCCCAGCUCCGAACCCCCGAAGCCGCCGCCGCCGGCGCCGCCGAUCGUUUCCGCCUGCGCACCGAAGCCGCCGGCACCGUCCACCUGCAACUGGGCGUCCUCCUCCGGCACUUCGGCCGCUACGGCGUCGAGUGCUAGCG